AUGAACGGCUACAGCUGGACGCCCGCCCUGGACGCCGCCAUCAUCGCCGGCCGCUCCAUGAAAGAUUCUUUUGUCCAAAUCGCCUUGCAGUUGGAAAUUCACAAGGAUGCCGUGCGGAACCGCUGGAAUUAUCUCAAAGAUACCAACCGAGUCCCCGACGACGUGAUGGAUGCUCUCCGUCGUGUCCAUAAACCUAAACCACCAUUUAGUCAGGCGGACGACGAGGCUAUUGUGAGAGAGUAUAUGAGUGGCGUUGAUCGUGAUAAGAUUCAAGAGGUGCUCAGGCUCGAGGGUAGAUCACCCAACGAGGUUCGUGAUCGGUGUUUCAAGUUAGAGAAGGAGAGACCGCCGGUUUGGGAGAAUGCUAUGAUGAGGGCGAUGAUAAAGGGGGAAGGAAAGAAGAACAAUUACGCCUGGAAGCUUUAA